ACCCGUUCCGCGCCCGUCCUCGACCCUCCCACCUAUUCGCUCGCUCGCUCGCCGUCCGCGCCCGCGCGGGCCGCGAGAUCUAGGCCAGUCGCCGCGGCCGUGGCCGCGGGCUGACGGGAUCUCUGUCCUCCCGACACGACGAACCUCUAGGAAGGCGCCUAAGACGAGGAGGAAGCGGGGGCUAUGGAGGCGUCUUCCUGGGACGCCGUUCGCAAGCAGGCAAGGAGGUUGGAAGCUCAGUUAGAUGACCAAAUGAUUGCAUACCGUAAAUUGGUUUCUAUGAAAUCAGACGGUUCAGAGGACAACAUUGAGUCUGAUAUAGAAAGAUCACUGAAGCAGUUACAGCAAGUGAAUUCGCAAAUGCAAACUUGGGUAUCAUCAGGAGGUUCUGAAGUUCUUUCUCAUACUCUGACUCGUCAUAUGGAGAUUUUGCAAGACCUUACUCAGGAAUUCUAUCGGCUUCGAUCAAGUCUCAGGGCAAAACAACAGCAUACUUCUCUCCUUGACUUGAGAGAUUUUGACAGAGCAAAGUUUGAUGUUGAGGAGCCGUCAGACUCAGCUGAUCAAGUUCUUCUCAGGGAACAAGCUGCGAUUGGCAGGAGUACUGGACAGAUGGAUAACGUGAUAUCACAAGCUCAGGCAACACUUGGUUCUCUCAUGACCCAACGGUCAACAUUCGGUGGCAUCACUACAAAGAUAAGCAACGUCAGCAGCCAGCUUCCAACAAUUAACCACGUCCUCUCAUCGAUCAGAAGGAAGAAAUCCAUGGAUACCAUCAUUCUUUCGCUCGUUGCAUCUGUCUGCACGUUUCUCAUCUUCAUCUACUGGCUGUCGAAGUAGGUUUACCAGAGCAAAGAUAUUACAGUGUUGUAAGCUUGGGACCACACCACCAGUACCGGUACAGAUAGUCUUCAUUGGUGUUUGUACAAUAUUAUUGGUUGAUUGAAUGCUGUUACGAUUCGGGCGUGCUGUAGCCACCGUGUCUCCAGCUGUGCAACUGCUGCCAAUACUGUGAACUGAACUCUGUACCUCGUGUACUUCGGCAUAACUAAGGGUGGAGCAACUGGCGUUGCUUUAGCUGCCCCAUGUUGGCAUGUUGCUCAGAUGUCGGCUUAAAGGUGGAUCUUCACCUAUGACUAUAGUUGACAAUAUAGGCUCUAUAUUUUAUACAAUAAAAUAUAAGGAUGAGGCUCUAUUUGUUUUUAUUUUUGAACUAAAAAUAAUUUAGAACCCUAUCAAUUUGUAAAGAAACAUUUGGAUCACGAUCUAUUACCACCCCUACCUAUGUCGUAAGCCUCUGUUAUCAGACAUUUUCGAGUCA